GAAAGACGAUAAGAAACAAAAGUUUGCAGUGUGUAGGUUGUGCCAGAAAGCAAUCAGCGCGGAAUAUGGUAAUACUACAAAUCUGCGAAAACACAUACAAAAUAAGCACAAGCUGGCUUUCGCUGAGCUAUGCAAGUUGGCGGCGUCUCGCCCUUCGAAAAGACCAAGACCACAAACUACGCAAUGUGGAGAGAUUGAUGAGUCAUCAUCAACAUCUAAACAUAAGAAAAUUGAUCAAUAUUUGAAAGAAAAAAAGUGGUUGCCAACUGACAAACAACAGAAAGAUUGUACUGCGAAACUAGCACGAAUGAUAUGCUUAGAUCUACAACCAAUUAGCAUUGUCGAAGACAAAGGUUUUAAAGACUUUGUCAGUUGCUUACAGCCUUCAUACAAUAUACCUGAUCGGCGGGUCUUACGUAAUAGCAUCAUACCUGAUCUUUAUAUGAGCCAAAAGUCCGAUCUUCAGCGAAAAUUGAAUGAAAUCGAUUCAUUUGCGAUAACAUUGGACCAUUGGACAUCAACAGCCCAAGACGCAUAUAUGGCAGUUACUGCCCACUUUCUUUCUGAGGACUUUACUAUUAAUGAUUAUUGCCUUAAUGUUCGCCAUAUGCCUCAAUCGCACGAUGCAAAAAAAUUUCUGAUGAACUCUGUUCAUGCCUUGAAGAAUGGAUUCCUGACUAUGAGGAAAAGUUGGUGAAAAUUUAUACAGUUACCGACAACGCAGCUAACGUGAAAGCUGCUAUGCGACGCCUCUCCCCUGAAAAGUUCAAGUCAAUGUAUUGCUUUGCACAUGUCAAUGUAUUGCUUUGAAUGACGCUGUAGAAGCAUUUCCAGAAUUUCGCAGAGUCAUUAAAAAGGCCAAAGUAAUUGUCAAUCACUUUCACAAAAGUGCCAAGGAUUCACAUAAGCUAACUGAAAUACAAAAGAAAUUGAACAUUAAACAGCAUAAACUGAAAAAUGAAAGUCCAACGCGAUGGAAUUCAUUGUACUACCUGAUGGAUAGAAUUGUUGAACAGCGGGAGGCUAUAACUGUUGUUUUGGCCUCAAAUGACAAAGUUAACAACCUGCAAAAUCAUGAGUGGAAGACGGCGGAGAAUUAUGUGAAAGUUCUCAAGCCCUUUGAAGAUGUGACUUCCAUGAUGUCAGCCUCCAGAUAUCCUACUUUGUCUAUGGUUAUUCCUGUAUUAAAUGUCCUAAAACAGCAAAUGAAUAAAAGUGAAAUGAAUGACUUUGGGGAACAAAUUUGUGAAAACAUAAAGGAACAAUGGCCUGACUAUGAAAGUAAUCUUGAUUUAGCUAUUCCUGCUCUUUUGGAUCCCAGGUUCAAAGAAUAUGCCUUUACCAAUGAUGAAGCUAAGGAAUCUGCAGUUCAGGCAGUAGUUGAUUUGAUGUAUGAUAACAGUGUCAGUACUGUUGAAUUAGAAUCUAUCUCGGAUAAAUCUUCCACUCAAGCAGCUUCCACAAGCUCUGAAACAGCCUCGAGUAAUGUGUGGGGGGUAUUCAAAAAAAUGGUGGCGAAGAGGAAAGAGAGUUGUCUACAGGGUGAUUCGAGGAAAGCGAUGAAGCAAAAUUUACAAAAGGAAUUUUCUAUUUUCUGUAAUGAUGAUCUGUUGGAAGCAGAUAAAUCCCCAUUUGAUUGGUGGAAGAGAAACUGUACAAAAUACCCAAAUGUUUCAAAACUGGCUCAAACUUACCUUAGCAUACCAGCCACAUCUGUGUCAAGCGAGAGGUUAUUUA